GAUGAGGCCAUCUUUUGCCACUAGAUGGUAGCAAUCUUCUCUGCGCAUUGUAUCCUCCUUUAUCUGGAGAGAGCCUACAAAAGCGCAAGAUCCUUGUCCUUGUGAUACGGUUUAAUUACUCUUUCUUUUACCAAGUAUCCAACGAAUUGUUUCAAUCAGUUAUUUUGUCUGGUACCUUACAUGUCGUCUCUUUAUUUACUUCCUCACCUGUUAGAACUAAAUGGACCUAUCAUCAUCUAUUAUGCAGAAUGCAAAUUGGAUUAUAACUUGAUUCAUUAAUAGGAGUUGUAAGCUAAGUACAAUACCUAGAAACCUAUUGAGAUAAUUAUAUCAACUCAUUGGUUAGGAAUCCAUUAGUUGGUUUACAUAGUAAUCCGAUUUAGUGUUGCAUUAGGUUUUCUAAUUGUUGGUGACUUGGUUUCUAAGAAACAUCUUUAUGGGAGGAUUCUUAGGAACAUAGCCAAUAUAUAUAGGAGUGUUGGUCCCUGCUCUCUUUGUUACAAAGCAUUAAGUCCUGCCCCAUAGAAAGGAGCUUAAAUCCAGAGCUGAGGAGAAGAUCAAUCCGCGUUCGUUGUCAAGUUCGUUAGUGCUACUGCAAUGGCUCCUAACACUGAAGAAGGAAUCACCUACAUGAAUUUAAACAAUAUCCAGAUGCUUACUGGAUCAAACUUUAAGGCCUGGAAGAGUGGUGUAGAGUUCUACCUAAUGAUGCAUGACAACAUGGAUUUGUGUUUUACUGAUAUAGAGCCUUAUGGAGUAGAUGCAACUAGCUCAUCCGAUGACAAGAAAUAUUAUCGAGACUGGCAUAGAUCCAAUUAUAGGGCUAAGAAUGUAAUGAGAACUACCAUGUCUGAUACUGUGAGGGGUAGUAUUGAAGAGCCUGUUUUGGCAGUUGACUAUAUGGAAGCAAUAGCUGAAAAAUUCAAGGAAAGCAAUAAGGCUGAGGCAGCUAGACUUUCCAAGGAGAUGAAUGAGUUGAAGUAUACUGGUAGUGGGGGUGUUAGGCAGCAUAUUUUGAAGCUCACUGAGCUAAACACUAGGCUCAGGGAUUUAGAUUUGGGAGUCAAGGAUGACCAACUUGUCCACAAUGCCUUAGAUUCUCUACCACCUAGCUUCAAUACCUUAAGAACUAGCUACAAUGCACAGAAGGAGAGCUGGACCUUGAAUGAGCUGAUAGCUAUUUGCGUGGAUGAGGAGAGUAGAAUGAAGAAAGAGAAGCAGCCCUCUACCUCUGUCAAUUUAGUUGAAAAGCCAAAGAAACAGAACAAAUUCAAGCCUAAGAAAACUAUAGCCAAGCCAUCAGGAAAUACUGCAGCAGCUAAAGUCAACAAGCCAUUUAAGUUCAAGUGCUAG